AGCCGCUGCUCUUCGAGUCUUCCUGAACUCAUUCAGUUUCUCGCUUCCCUUCUUUCUCCUUUCCGAUCUCCUCCCCCCCCCCCACCGUUUUCUGCUUUUUUACCUUUACCCCCCCAACCCCCAUUUAAAAAAAGAAGGAAGAAAAGUCUGCAGUCAAUAUAAAGGAAGACAGACCCAAGAAAACAAUCUUUACAUUGAUGAUCUCCAAUGAAAAGAAGGAAAAGAUGGAACUGCACAUAUUAGAACACAGACUAAAAGUAGCAAGCAUUUCCAAGGAAAACAUCCAGAUGUUUACCUAUGGAUUAAUGAAACUUGCUUUUUUAUCGUCCAAAACAAGUUGCAAGUUUUUCAGCCUCACAGAAACACCAGAAGAUUAUACCAUCAUUGUAGACGAAGAGGGCUUUUUAGAACUACCAACCUCGGAACAUUUAAGUGUAGCAGAUGCAACAUGGCUGGCUCUCAAUGUGGUUUCAGGAGGUGGAAGCUCAUCCAGUUCUCAGCCCAUUGGAGUGACCAAAAUUGCUAAAUCCGUAAUUGCACCAUUGGCAGACCAGAACAUCUCUGUGUUUAUGUUGUCCACUUACCAAACUGACUUCAUAUUGGUACGCGAGAGGGAUUUGCCCUUUGUGAUGCACACUCUGGCAGCAGAGUUCACCAUCCUGCAGGUAGUAAAUGGAGAGACUGUAGCCGCCGAUAACCGGGGUGUGACUAAUGGAUUUGUGAAGCCCAAACUUGUGCAAAGGCCUGUUAUUCACCCGCUUUCCAGUCCCAGCAAUAUGUUUUGUGUGACCAGCCUUGAUCCUUAUACCCUUCCUUCUGUGACUACACUCCUGAUGGAUGUUAUGUUUUACUCCAAUGGAGUAAAAGAUUCAGGGGUUGGCAGUGAGGAGUCUGGUCAUAUCCGCUUCUUCUCCUUUUCUCUGAUUGAGGGCUACAUUUCCCUGGUUAUGGAUGUGCAAACACAGAAAAGGUUUCCUAAUAACUUGCUAUUUACAAGUGCAUCUGGAGAGCUCUGGAAGAUGGUUCGCAUUGGGGGCCAGCCUCUUGGAUUUGAUGAAUGUGGAAUUGUUGCCCAGAUCUCGGAACCCUUAGCUGCCGCUGACAUCCCAGCCUAUUACAUCAGCACCUUCAAGUUUGAUCAUGCACUGGUACCCGAGGAAAACAUCAAUGGAGUAAUUAAUGCUCUUCAAGUCAGCCAGGCGGAAAAAAAUUAAAAAUCUUCUAGUUGGCGGUUUUCGUUAUGAUUGCAGUAUUUCAAGACAUAUUGAAUCUUGGGAGUUGCAAUGAAGGAAAAGAGAUACUGAAAUGGAGAUGAGCGCAAAAAUGCUCCAGCAAGUUUUACUUUCUUUUAUUCACAUUAAGGUUUCUCUUAUGUUAGUUUCCAAAGUGAUCUGUAACUUUCUUGCUAACUUGGUAUAAGAAAAAAAAAUUACAAAAAAAAAAAAGAAAAAAAAAAUGUAUUGCACAGUCCCAUUGAGAUAGUACGAAGAUGCAGUGAAGCCCAGGGUUAUGAUUGGUUGCAGACAUGAAAUUUGCACCUACCACAAAUAUUGGGUUUUGUGACGAGAACAUGACUGAGGAAAGCCUUGCAAGCUAUAAUGAAUGAACAUAACAAAUAGGUUAAAUGUAUUACACAGUAUUAACCAUUUAAAUGCCAUCAGGCUUGCCUAAAGAUUGUAAAGUAACUGUUAAUUCGACAUUUUUAAACUAUGUCUAUUUCUUCUUAACCCUAUUAGUUUCGGAGAAGCAGUAUUUUGCAGCCUCCUCCUUCUUAAGAAGAGAUUGGAAGUGUUAAUUGAAGCACAUCAUUUGCAUUACGUCAGUGGUGAUCACUGCAGUCUCCAUGUUGAGAUGAAAGAGGGCGUAUUGGCAGCUUUGUAUAAAUAUCUGCACCUUUUUUCUGCUUACCCCCUUUUUUUUUUCUUUGCGUGGUGAACUGUGCUGCUUUUGUGCUGACCUUUUCAGUUAAAGUCGCCACUUGGAUGAAUUUGAUUGGAGACACUCACUUGCACUCGCAAAGCACGCCAUGAGUUAAAUAGUUUUGAAGGCUGUGCUUAUAGCAAAACAAUUGUUUUGUUGCAUUAUCAAUUCAGGGCCAAGUUAAUGUUCAUUGAUAGAAAAUACUCUGCAUGUUAAAGGUAUAUAUUCUGCACAGUCAAACUUUCGGUUUAAAUGUGUCUUAGGUUCCUUAAUAGUCUUCACUGUACUUCUCACUGUUACACUACAAUUUGUAGAAUACCCUUAUUAUACUGUAAAAGAAGCCUUCAUUUUAUCUUGUGUAUACAAUUUCAUUAUAGUUGAGGUGCCACUUGGUAAUAUUGAGUUAGGAUUUAGAAUAUAUGGUAUUUUACUUUAAUAUAGUGUAGUUUGAGCCCAGUGUUCAUAAGCGCUCCGCUACUAGGUCAAAGUUUGACUACAUCUCUGCACUCCCAUUCAUGUCACAUUAAAGAGAUGCCUUCCCCUAAAUUCCUGCUAGUAGUAUGUCAGUCUUGUCAAAUUCAGUGCUACUGCCAUAGGGUCAAGAGUUGGCACCGCUUUGCCAUGUAAAGUUGACUUGUUUGAUACUAAAUAACGGAAGUGCAAUCCUGAAGCAAGUUAUUCUUAAUGGCAUUCACCAGCUAGUUAAUUCUGGCAAAAAUAGCACCGUUGUUACAAGUCACCCUGCUUUAUUCAAGAACACACUCCAUAAAGCUAGCUAUCAUUGUAUACCAGGCUUUCAUGCAUCUGAUAGCCAGUAGACAAA